GAUUUUCAUAUAUCAGAAGACUUUCAAAACAUUACAGAAAUCGACUUCAGCAAGAAAAACCUUGAAAAAAUUGAUGAUGGUCUUAGAUUUGUAUGACAACAAUAUAUCAGAGUAUCCUGAAGACAUUAGGAACAUAUCAGAGCUUGAUUUGGCACAAAACUACUUUGAAGAGCCUGAUGAUGAUGAUUAUUUAGAAAGGAGAGGGAAAUUGAGACUUUAUAACUCCGACCGAUUGAACGGGAGAAAAUUCGAAAUGGAACAGCCUGAGAGUGAACAUUCUCCAGACGCAACUGAUGAUGAAGAACUAAUCAAAAGCUUAAAUGAAAAAAGUAGCUCAGAUGGAGAACCAAGAAAUGCACCACCAAGCUCUCCUGAAGAUUGGGACUCUGAUUCCUACUGGGAACCAUACAACAUACAGUACCAGCGCCCAAAAGGCAUGCCAUGCUGGAUAUCCUUCGUAAAGAGAGCCAUGGACAAUGGUAACCUGUGCCCAUCAGACCACCACACUGCGCCUGUGAUGUGCUGUCCGACGCCGGAGUAUGAGUCUGAUGGACAAUUCAAUGAUUAUUCUGAGGAUGAUAGUUGAUCUUUUCACUAGGGGCACAGAAUAAGUAAUCCAUACUAAUAUUAUAAAUGCGAAAGUGUGUCUGUCUGUCUGUUACCUCUUCACGCUUAAACCGCUGAACCGAUUUAGUUGAAAUUUGGUAUAGAGAUAGUUUGAGUCCCGAGAAAGGACAUAGGGUAGUUUUUAUCCCAGAAACUAUGGUUCCCUUUAAGGGGGCGAAAAGGGAAGGGGGGGUGGAAGUUUGUAUGUGAAAUUGAUAAAAAGCAGAUUGGAUAAAAAAUUAGCUACCCAAAUUACUAACUACGCAGACGAAGUAGCUUUCAAAAGCUAGUAGUAUUAUCAUACAGACCGGCCACGCACCGCCUCGCCCCGAUUCGCAUUACCUCGCUACGCGACAGCAGAUUGCCGACCGCUCAGUACUGGUUUUAAGCAACAUACACAAUGACGCAUGCCGCGUGUACAGACGUGCCUUUCACACAUAGAAACGCAAGUGAUUUUUGAUGUAUAGCGUGUCCGCCCUGUGAUUUAAAGGGUCAACUACCAUAGGUAGACCUUAUGUCUUUGCAGUAAGGUUCAGGAAUUUUCAGUUAAAAGUGUGGACUAUGGUGCCUCAUUCUGCAUGAAGCUCACAUUCACUGCCAGCGACCCUCGGGCGGGUUUUCUGUUCGUAGGCGGUUUUCGCUACAUACGGUUUUUCCCGUCUUAUCGGCUACGCGCGUAGCUCGCGCUGGGAGUGAUUUGUUAAAAAUAAUUUUGAUGUAGGUUACAGCAUGAAAGGUUUUGAGUAACGAGAUGUGAAAGGUUAAAAUCCAAGUGAGAAACAUGUAAUUUAUAUGUAUAAGGCCUGUUGGAGUUAUAAGGCCAAAAUAAUAAGGGUUUUACGCUUAGCUCUUCAUAUUAUUUAUUCUAACUGAAUUAUAGUACUAUAUUUACCAUAUCUUGUAUGCAAAAAGCUUAUUCGUUUGUUAGUUUUAUUAUUAUUAAUAUUAUAGAUAGGAUAGUUAAACCAAUUUACGGUACGAAUACUCGUUGAUUGAAUAGGAAGGUACUUGUAUCACAAGUUGGUGAUAACUUUCGGAUAUAUGGCUUCAACUGCGAUCAAUAGAAAGGUACACAAAUGUAAACAAGUAUUAUGUAGGUAAAGUAUCUUUAAAACAAUAUUUUACUUG